UAUUACCAAUUAAGGCCUAACGGUAUGUAGGCAUGAACUGUUUUAAUUCUUAGUUCAGAAGUGAACUAUAAAAUAAUUGGUUUGUUCCAGUAUUGAGAUUGGGAAGAUCCCUUGAUACCCUAUACAGCGCCCUAGUGUCCAUGAAUUACACGGAAGCGAUGGUGCGGUAUACCACAACACUCUCCAAAAUAGCAUAUGCUGUGUACCUCUUCUGCGACAACUUGCUAUGGAUGGCUCGCACAGGGAUGGCCAAUGUUAACACUGACAAGUGGAGUGUCCGAGCGCACAAAUGCUGGCUGUAUUCCGUUACUAUGAAUCUUGUCCGGGAUAUCUAUGAGAUCAGUCGGCUAUUAGAAGCGAACAAAGUGAGAAGCAGCCAGCGUAAACCUCCAGUUAGUCUGGUGAAACUCGCCCAUCAAAACAAGGACGUGUUUGUUGAUACAUUGAAAAACAGCUGUGACAUUCUGAUCCCCUUGACUGCUUUGGGUUAUGUCAAACUGAGCCCAGGAAUUGUAGGUAUUUUAGGAGUUGUUUCAUCAGUGGCGGGAAUCGCUGCUCUUAUAAGUCCAACUUACAAGCUGUGCCCUCCGUGAGGGCUUCUUAUGUGACUAAAGUUUGAUAUCUGUGACGUACAUUUGUGCACUUGGAAAUAAGGUUAUGCAAAUGAUAGGUAUUAUUUUAUCACAUUAAACAGAGGAGUUUUUUUAUUUAACUUAAUGUAUGGGGUGUGUGUGUGUCUGUUCUGAAGCAAUUUUUAACUUUUAUUAUAAAGAUGUAUCCUUUGCUUAAGGUUUGUUAUUGACAAUGUGCAGUUUGAAACAAGAAUACAAUUAGGGAUAUUUGCCAUCAUUAAGUGACAAAAAUUAGAACAAUUCUUUACAAGGAUUGAAAUCUAUCCUCUUCUUCAGGUGUCAAAAAACCCUAAUAGAUCAAGUUAAAUGUGUACAAAAUAAAUUAAAACUAAAUUUUUUUUUUGUUGACCUGUACCAAACCAUAGUUUUGAGCAGUGACAUCACAUGUGCUUGAUUCUUUUUUAUGUAUAUAACCUCAAAAUCCUCUUUCUCUGCUAGAAAUUCUGAAAUCUCCUUACUUAGUGUAAGUUCCAAAAACUCUGUACUUCUGCCUUUCAUCAGAUUUUUUUCUCUUCCAAUUUAAAUACAAACUCAUACUCAUUUUUUGUACUUUUUCUAACUGUUAGUUUUUUAUUUCUAAGUUUUGUUGUAAAAGUUUUCCUUCACAUUCAGGCAAUUUUCUUGUCUCUUGUAGGCAGUUAUUUCUAAAUGUUGUAUUUGAAGGGUUGACGGAUCCAUCAAUGCUAUCCAGAGAGGAUGAAAAACACUCCUGGUGUGUAGAAAUUUUUUACACUGGUAGAACACCCUUGAUCUUUGUAUUUAAUUUUAUGUUGCAAGAAAUUAUUAUAAAAACUGCAAUUUUUUUAGUGUGUGUAAGUUCAUCAAUACAUUAGUAUAAGCUUAUUGUAAAUGUUUAACACUAUGUAUUAGGGAUUUUUGAAACCUAAGGAAGAGGGUAGAUUUCAAUCAUGAAAAUGAAAUGUUCUAAUUAUGUAACAGUGAAUUAGUUAUUAUUUUUUUUAAUUUUUGGAUGUUAAAUAUCAAGUAAUUAUCAGUAACAAACAUUCCUUAUAAUUGUGAUAUAAACUAAAAACAUGCACUUAAUACAAAACAAAUAUAUUUGAUUUUCUACCUGAUUGUCUGACAGAGAAAGAUAAUUAUUAAGAAAGGAAGUAGUUAUGUAAAUUUACUUGUAAGUAAUACCAAAUAGCAAUAUAUUUUUAGUAACAAGUUCUUUUUUAAUUUUACAAAAACACUUCAUAUGCAUAAAAAAAACUUAUUUUGUAAGAAAAAUUAUGAUACAGCUUUAGAAAUCAGAUUUAGUUAUGAAGGUCUCAAUCUAACUUGUAAUCAUAAAUUAAAAACAAUGGGAAAAAUAUUUUAAGAACUUUAAUAUAGAGCUCUCUGAGGCCUUCAAACACAUAUUAAGUCUUCUAACAAAAGUUACAACUGAGGUUGGCUUCACAGGGUACAUAGUAGUCUCAACCAGCCUAGCAUGAUCACAUGUAAUAGCCAUCAUGUAGUGUCCUCAUGUAUCUUUUAAUGUUUUCAAGACACAGUACAUUAGACGUUUUUUUUUAUUCAAUGAUUGAAACAGUAGUGAAUAUGGAUUUUUUUCAUAUCGACAUAUAAAGCUCUAGCAUGUGGUAAUGUUAGGUGAAAUAUAGCAAUGUUCACUUAAGAGAAUUGUAGGGUAUCCAGUAGAUCUAAGGGAACAUAUUUUUAUAUAAUUGAAAUAAUGUUUUAAUUCAGUUCUGGACAAUAUAAUGGUUGGAGACACUUCAUAUUAUUUAUUCUUAUAUAUUAUUAUUUCCUACAUAUGUUAUAUUAAUAUGCGUAAACAGAGUAAAUAAGUGCAGUUCACUAUGGAAAACCACAAUUUUGUCUAUUAACAAAUUACUGUAAAAAUUAAAUUUAUUAGAACAGCAAAAGUUCAUCGUAUCAUUAUUUCAUUUAUUGUUUAACAACAAUGAAUGUAUAAUACUUUUUUUAAUUAAUAAGGUACUAAUGGUCCUGAAAUAGGAUUUAGUGAAAUGUAGAUACAGAAUUGAUAUAUAAAUAUACAAUAAUAAACCUUUUAACACUUUUUAUAAAUUUUAUUGUACAAUGUACAUUUUGAAUUCAAUGAAUUUAUCAUCAGGUAGGUUACAACACCUGGUGAUGAAAUCAUUAAAUUUAAAUGUAGAUUGUACAAUAAAAUAUAUAAAAAUUAUUAAAAGGUGUAUUAUUGUACAUUUAUAUCAAACACUUUUCAAGACUACAUUUCUAAUACAGAAUUGAUAUUUAAAAUUUUAAAUCUCCAUGCAUAUGCCUUCAGUGUGAACCUGGCAGCCACAUUGUUGAAGUUCUGUAUUGGUAAUUUAUUCGUGUAAAUGGUAAAUUAUAUUUGUAUACACUGUUGAAGUGUUUUAUACACAUUAAAAAUUACAGUAAAGUUCCUAUUUAUCUUAGGUACAUGGAACUAAAAGCACCCUAUAUUCCAAAAACAUCUUGCUUAUAAUUACAGAUGUUGUAAAAUUGUAAUUUAGUAAAUAUUUAUAUAGUGUAUGAUUGUUUAAGUAAUUACAUUAAUGGAGAAUAUUGUUCAAUGUAUUAUAUUUUUAUUAAUUGAGUGUUUGUUGUAUACAUUUUGUUAUAACAUUUAAUAAACUUGUUGGAGAAA